AUGGUAUGGACUGAUGCGGGAAGUACGAACAAGAGCUUCGUGGGCGCAAUCGACAAUGGCACCACCAGUUCGAGGUUUUUGAUCUUCGACACGGCGGGGAAUCCAGUAGCAUCACACCAAAUAGAAUUCAAGCAGAUACACCCCUACUCAGGGUGGCACGAACACGAUCCCAACGAGCUCAUCGCUACCGUCUCCGAAUGCAUAGAUAAAGCCUGCGAAGAGUUUGAGGGCAAGGGACACUCACUUUCGGACAUCAAGGCCAUUGGAAUCACCAACCAGCGAGAGACUACCUGCGUGUGGGACACCAGGACUGGCGAGCCUCUACACAACUGUAUAGUGUGGACAGACACGCGCACUCAUCGCAUCGUCCACGAGUUGCAUCAACGCGAGGGCGCAGAUGAACUGCAUGACCUCUGCGGCUUGCCUUUAUCCACUUACCCCUCGUCCACAAAGCUGUUAUGGUUGCUCAAACACGCGGAGAAUGUGAAAAAGGUAUAUGAAGAGGGCUUCCUGGGAUUUGGCACUGUCGACACCUGGCUGGUCUACAAAUUAAACGGUGGCCCUGAAGCCAAUGUUCAUGUGACGGACCCAACGAAUGCUUCUCGAACCAUGUGGAUGAACAUCCACACCCUCAAAUAUGACGACAAGCUCAUCUCCUUCUUUGGACUCGACGUUAAAACCCCCAAACUACAUCUACCCAAGAUCGUGCCUUCUUCCGACCCAGAGGCAUAUGGCAAGCUUGCUACCACGAAGCUGAAGGGCACCAAGAUCACGGGGUGCCUCGGCGACCAGUCGGCCGCUUUAGUCGGCCAGUGUGGCUUCACACCCGGUAGGGCAAAGAACACUUAUGGUACCGGCUGUUUCCUGCUGUACAAUGUCGGUGAGAAGCCAGUGAUCAGCAAGCAUGGGCUCCUAGCAACGGUAGCAUACGAUUUCUCCUCUCAGGGCAUCAAGCCCGUGUAUGCGCUCGAAGGGUCUAUCGCGGUCGCCGGUUCAUCGGUAAAAUUCCUCAUGAACAAUCUCGGCUUCUUCCGCGAUUCCCACAAAGUGUCGGAGCUGGCACGUACAGUAUCAGACAACGGCGGGUGUGUCUUUGUGACAGGCUUCAGCGGUUUGUUCGCCCCAUACUGGUUCGACGAUGUCCAGGGCACAAUCUGGGGUCUCACCGCGUACACGGAACGGGGCCACAUUGCACGUGCGACACUCGAGGCCACGUGCUUCCAGACGAAGGCGAUCCUCGACGCCAUGGAGAAGGACGCCGGGGUCAAAUUGGCCGAACUAGCCGUUGACGGCGGUAUGAGCAACAGCGAUCUGUGCAUGCAGAUCCAAUCCGACGUAGCCCAGAUCCCCGUGGACCGACCACGCAUGCGCGAAACGACGGCCCUCGGUGCGGCCAUCGCGGCCGGCUUCGCAGUCAAAGUGUGGGCGUCGUUUGACGAACUCAGGGAAAUCAACAAGGAAGACCGAUUCGUCUUCAAGCCUAAGAUCACCCAAAAGGCUAGCGACAAGAUGUACAAGAAGUGGAACAAGGCCGUCCAGAUGUCCAAGGGCUGGACGACCGAAGAAGAUGAUGAGAAUGAAAGUGAAGCUGGAGACCACACAGAAGAGCAGGACGCGCUCGAGCAAACUGUGACCAUUGAUGAGUACAAGAAGAGCAGGGAUGACUGA